AUGCCAAGAGCCAAAUUUCUACAGACCUGGUUAUUGAAUAUGCUGGCUACCUGUUUCGCUUCCUGUAUCGCAUUACUAGCCAUAUACUGUGCAGUUCAGGCCAGACUCCAUACCGAGACAGCUGUACGCACAGGAGGACCUGGCACAAGUGGGACUCCCUCUCCAGGCGCAGCCACGUCCACUUACAACUCAUCCGCUGCAGCAGUCAGUGGCAUCUGGCUGUUCUUUGAGAUAUACAUCAUCAACACUAUGCGAGCGAGAAAUCCUCAGCUCAUGAUCCCUGGUAUCAUCGCGACCAUCUUUGCGAACGUAAGCAUGGUGUACGCUCCACAGUUUGCGUCCAUGGCGACAGGAAUCUCCUUUGUCAAACGCCUUCUCGAAUCAUUCUUUACUGGUUUCGCCAUUGGAGGUGGUGUUUCUCUGUUCAUUUUCCCCAUAACUAUGCGCGGUGUCGUCUUCAAGGAGUUUACAGGAUACAUUAUGCUCUUGCGCAAGAUGACCAAGGCCAAUCUUACAUAUCUUCAAAGCCUGGAGGAGGGAGAUAUGUUCUUUGGGAGAAGCGAUACCAACAUUCCAGAGAAGCCGAAGCGAACCGCAGAAGCUCAAGCUAUUAAGGAUACGCUUGCAGGACUUGCUGCUUUGCACGGAAAACUCUCUAUUGAUUUGACAUUCGCCAAGAGAGAGAUUGCAGUCGGACGACUUGGCCCAGAUGAUUUACAAGAGAUCUUCAAACAACUACGAGGACUGAUGCUCCCCAUCAUAGGCCUUAGCAGUGUGAUCGAUGUGUUUGAGAGAAUCGCCGAAGACAGGAAUUGGAAUCAUCCGGCCCCAGAGAAGCCGCUCGAAGAACUGGACGACCCCAACGAGAGGAGCAGAAUGGAGGCUGUUGCCGAUUGGCAUGCCAUCUUCAGGACGAUGCGCGAACCAUUUGCUCGAAUCGUUGGUGAUAUCGACGAAGGCUUCGAGCAUGUGUUGAUCACGCUGCAAUUGAUCAAGCCACCCAAGAGGGAUGUGGACUCUGAAUCUGACGGUGACCGGCCCCAUCCUGGAGAGAAGGACUUCCAGAGUUACCACUUUAAGCGAGUUAACGAGUAUCAUAGCCAAAAGCGUCUCCUCUUGAGACGUUGGUGUGAGCUCAGGGGCUUCACGCUGCCGGAUGACUUCUUUGAAAAUGCACAAAACGCUGACUUCACCGCGCCCGACUGGUAUCACAAUGUUAAGAACAACGAUGAGCGCCAGAAGUACAGGGCCCGACUCUUCAUUGUUCUGUACGUGGAUUACCUGCUGGACUCGAUAGCCAUGACCGUGCAUGAUUUCGUCAAGUUCGCGGAUUCAAAGGUUGAAAGUGGGAAGUUGGGUCGCAAAAGACUCAUCGUACCUGGCAUCAAACGCUUGAGAAAGUGGAUCAAGUCGUCCUACAGUCGAAAGCAAGACGCAUACACGGACGAGCAGCACGGCAUGAACGAGGAUGGUAACCGAGCCUCCAAUGUAUACCUUGGCGACGCCUACAACAAGCGCAAGGAUCCCGAGCACUUGCCUCCUAGCAACGCUUGGGAAAAGUUUGGAGAUCGAGUCCGCGGCAUUGCUCAUUUCCUUCGCUCACCAGCAUCAUCAUUCGGAUUUCGAGCAGCCUGUGCAACCAUGUGUCUUGCCAUCGUCGCUUAUCUACACGACACUCAGACCUUCUACGUACGGCAGCGAUUGUUCUGGGCUCAGAUUAUGGUGGGCUUGAGUAUGUCUCCGUCGGCUGGUCAGAGUCUGUUCAGUUUCGUGCUUCGUCUUGUCGGCACUUUCUCUGCCAUGGUGACGAGUUUCAUCAUCUGGUACAUUGUCGACGGGCACACUGCCGGAGUACUUGUCUUCUUCUGGUUUUUCGUUGCUUGGGGCUUCUUCAUCGUCUUGAAAUUCCCACGUUUCGUCCCUGUCGGUAUGAUCUACUCGGUGACAAAUACACUGAUCAUCGGAUAUGAGCUGCAAGUCAGAAAAAUCGGCGUGCAGGCUUCUGAAACGAACGGGCAGGCAUACUACCCCAUCUACGAGCUGGCUCCGUACCGUCUCGCCACUGUCGCUGCAGGUAUCUUUGUGGCAUGGAUCUGGACUGUAUUUCCCUAUCCCAUCUCGGAACACUCGGAGCUUCGCCGAAACCUCGGUUCGUCUUUGUACUUGCUUGCGAACUACUACUCAGUCGUAGUGGAGACAGUCAAGUUCCGUGUCAGAGGCGAGUUCCAUGACUUGGAUUCUUUCAACGACGGACAAAAUCCAGCCAAGAAGCUCGAGAAGAUUCGACAGACAGUGUUUUCGAAAUCCGUGCUUGUGCUACAAGGCCUACGUACACAUUCUGGUUUCAUCAAGUAUGAUGUGCCCAUCGGUGGCCGCUUCCCGCGCCAAAACUACGAUAGAAUCAUCGCUCGCAUUCAAGAUAUUCUCAACUUCGCGUCAUUACUCAGCUAUGCAUCUCAGACCUUUUCCGAGAUGCGUAAUCCAGGCAAAGAUGGCUCGGAAUCACAAUGGCUGAAUGACUUCCGUCGUCUCAUCAAAGAAGCAGACAUUACCAGCAAGGAGUCUACAACCCUGCUCUCGCUUCUUUCAGCUUCGGUGGCUAGUGGACAGCCUCUACCGCCAUACCUUCAGCACCCCGAACCUUAUCGUCUGAGUGCUAAGUUAGAGAGUCUGGAUUCCAACAUUCUGUCUGUACGACAUAUGGCCGAGCCUGGAUUUGCAGCCUUUGCAGUCAUGCAGAUCUCAACAAAGUGUAUCGGUGAUGACAUCAAGGCGUUGUUGGCUGAUAUCAAGGAGUUGGUUGGCGAGCUUGAUUUCUCGUUCCAUGUUGUUAGUACGCAAGAUGCUUCGCUGAGUAGUUCGCAGGAUACGUUGAUCAAGGAGGAUAGUCAAAACCGAAGGAAGGCUGAUUAG